CGGGACGGGGAGGGGAGGGCUGUGAGGGCUGAGGAGAGCACGCUCGGUCUGGAAGAGGUGCGCUGGGGCGGGCGGCGCUCCGCCACCGGUACUGGGGCUGCUGCCCGCGGGCAGGAGCCGGGCAGGCCCGGGAGAGGUUCCUCCUCACAAGAGGAAUUGACCACCAGCGUCUCCGACCCGGGAGGCGGCCUGAGGAGGGUCUGUCGUGUUCCUAAGGAGGCGCUGGGUAGUAUUUGGUCCCAGCCCUAGAUGCGAUCAGUCUGUACAGUAAAUGUGAAAAUAGGCGAUUUUUAAUUGUGCUCCCAAAUCUGUGUUCCUGCAAUGUUCUUCCAUGCAGCUCAGGAGAAAGUGAAUUGAAUGCUGUCCCCCUUUCCUUACUCUGUACUGUGCCCUCCAGAUCUUAAGCCCAUGUGAAACAGCAUCAACAAAAUACCUAUCUUUGCUGUUUAAUAUAAUUACAGUUAUUUUCAGGUGUAAAGUAUGCUUUUCUUGAUUGGCAUCUUUUAACUGCAUAUUUUAACUUACUUACAAUUAGAAUGGAAUUAGAGCUCUGGGAAUUAAGCAAAGGGAUUUCCAAGUUGCCUCGUGAUGUGGAAGGUCUGCAUCCCCAUUCUGCAGAAAGUAUUUGAAGAAUAUACUGCUGAUUUACUUUGCUAGGAUACAGCUAGGACAAUUACAGCCAAGACUGGGAGGUACCUGGAUACCUGCAUGAUGGUGGGGUCCUUAAAUAUUCUCCUGAAACAACAAAAAAUGGGGGGAAAAAAAACCCAACCAAAACCCAAAGACAAAACAUAAAGGGAUGAAGAGGUUAUUCAGAAUUAAUUUUCAUGUCACCAGAAAGCUCAACCAUCACAGUUCGUCUUGUUCGUUCUUUUGAACACCGGAAUUUCAGACCUGUGGUGUAUCAUGGAGUUAACUUGGAUCAGACAGUAAAGCAGUUCAUUACUUUUGUGCGGAAGGAUGUGUCUUCAAGAACAGGACUUCCUCCUCCUUUUAAAAAUUUUAAGUAUGAUACAAUGAAGAUUAUUCACCAAGCACACAAAUCUAAGACUGGUGAACUUGUAGUGAGUUUGGAAGAUGAUGACAAACUGAUUUUGAAAGAAGACAGUACGCUGAAAGCAGCCGGAGUAGCAAACGAGACAGAAUUAGCAUUCUUCUGUGAGGAAGAUUACAGAAACUACAAAGCUAAUCCUGUUUCAGCCUGGUGAAGAUCCCGAGAGAUUGUUUUGUUUUCCCAUACCUGUUGUAAAUUUUCCUUAUUCUGCUUAAUGAGAUUUUUCUUAAAGAUCAAUAAAUCCUAGAGGAUUGCUUUGCAAACAGUGCAAUUCCCUUCCUAUAGAAAUUAAUUUCUGUCAAUAUGCUAAGACUGAGGAAGAAAAAACUGGGAGACGUAAGUGACUUUUUUUCUUUCUGGCAUUUCUUUUUCCUUUGCUUGCCUCCUACGAUGCAGACAGUGCAAUUUCUGACCUGUGACACAUAUUCUUGGUGUGAUCCUACAGCAGACAUUACUUACAUAUGGAGAUUAUACAAUAGUAAGAUCCCAUCACAGUACUAACUUCUAAUGAAAACAGAGACGUUUUAUGACCAAAUCACUGGGUAUUUUAGAGAGCUUGAGAAGAGUAUCUCUCUGUUCAAGUCACAGCUUUACUGCUCUCAUUUUAUGUUUGGUCUCUUUUGUUUAAAUGGUGCAGACUGGCAAGUUUUUCAUGCUUUUCACUGGUGAAUGCUUUCAUUUAUACUCUCUUCCAGCCCCCUUUAGUGUGCUGAAAGGGACAAAUGACUGUUGGGAGGCUUUUGUGUUCAAGGACCAUUGCGCUUGUUUCUAGUGUUACUUCAUGGAGACACUUUCAUGUAAGAGGUAGCAAUCUGAGUUCUGCCAGGAACUGGUAGGAACUGGGCAUUUUUCCAAAUGGAGUGAAAGCUCAUGGUUUCAGUUUUAAGAAUAAAACCUGAAUGACUGCAUUUUUGUGAGGAGAGGCCACAUUUCGUUAAGACUGGAAUUGAUUCUUCCCUGCUUUCCAAGAGCCAAAUACUCUGUUGCUGUAUGUUAGUUCUUGGUAAUUCCAAGCUUUCCUCCUACAUAAACAAAAUCAAGAAUAAUUAAAAAUAAUCAUGCAUCCAAUAGACUACCUUUAGAUAGGUACUGCUUAUGAAACUGCUUAUCGGGAGUACCAAGAUGGGACACUGCCUUUAAGCCUCUCUACACUGAAAUGGCAGUGAUGCUGGCUCUCUGCCUUAGCAGGUGUUUUGAGAUAGGCUCUGUUAAAUCAAAUGAGACCUCAUGUGCAGUCGCUUUUAUACCCACGCAUCUACCCUCAGCUCUGGAUGAGAGCUGACAACACCAUUUCCACAAGAGGCUUUCCAGAAAAGUAAUAUUACCAUUUCCUAGAGCUUUGAUUUUUUUUUUUUUUUUUUUUUUUUGACAUGUGAUAGUGAAAACAGAUGUGUGAUUUCCAAAGUAUCUAAAUAAAAGUUCUCUUUACGUUAGAUGUAGGGCCAAAGAAGGCUCUAUGUAUUGUUCCCACCUCAUUUUCUUCAUCCUUCCUGACAACUCUCAGGUUUAGGCUGGUUUUGGUGGCUGGUGUUACUCACCAACAGCUUUGUUUCAGAGUUUUAUUCUCUUGUGAAAGUCUACUACUUUGUCAUUUACGAUUAAAAGGGUGAUUGUAUCUUGAUCUUGUAAGGAGGAGUCCUGUGUCACUUAAGUCACCUGUGUUGAGAUUUAGAUGCUGCUAUGCAUGCUAUGAUGAAUUUGUGAGGGGAACUUACUCCUUGCCUCCUCCUUCUGUCCAGGCCAUCUUUUUGUUGCUGGUACCUGUUCCC